UGGCAUAGCGCUAUUAUGGCCGACCAUUUUUAUGACAGGUGCAUGGCGCCAAGCACUGCCCCUCCUCCACCCCUUAGGUGUUCCCCUGCCACCCAACCUUCUUAUCCCGCCCCCCUUUCGCCGCCACCCCCGGAAACCGUCCCCUCCACUCCCACACACCCUUCUACCUUCCUACCCCUUGUGACACACCCUCCUUUCCUCCCUCCCUCCCUUACCCCCUCCAUCUCUCCACCUUCCCCUUUAUCACACUCACUUAACCCCUCCUUCUAUCCCCAUCGACUGCAACACGCCCGCCACAGCCCCCCCCCCCCCCCCCCCCCCCAUGUUCCCUCUACCACGCCCUUCACCCCGUCCCCUCCGUGUCAGCAACCACUGACGCUUGUGCCUUCCCUCACGCCCAGACGAGACUCAGAUAUAAAAGAUGACGGGUGGUGGAGGGGAUGGAGCACCACACAGUCGCCACUCCGCCUUCAGACAACACCCGCGCCGAAGGUUCGUCCAGUUGCAACAGUCAGGCCGACGAUAGUUAACAGAGAACCCGAAACUUCCGUCGAAGAAAACGAGAAGAAAGAAAACGAAGCUGUCAGCUCUACGAUCCCUGAAGAGCUGAAGGAGACUGUCAGCUGUAAUACAACUCUUGAAUCAAAAGAAGUUUCAGACAUCCAACAAAGCGAUAAUUCAAGUGACUGGGACAAAGUCGAUGAGAAGGUCACGGUAGAUGAAAACUGUAACAACAUCCUCAACACUUCUUGUGUGAAGCAGCCGAGCGUCUCUAUUCAACAGGAAGAGAAUCUUCUCAUCAACCAGACUCGUCCACAGAAGGAACAAAUACUCCUUAAACAAGAAAAGCCUCACUCACAAAGUGCCGUCACCGAACAAGAAUCCAAACACCAGCAAGAUUGUUGUGGUUGUCACAGGACAAGUGUUGUUAUUAAGCAGGAACCGAAGAAAAGUAAACAAGAACCCAAACAUCAAGAAAACCCUUGCUGGGCCCACCGUGACUGCGUGCGAGCACUGAACUCUGCCAACAAAAACUCUGCGGUAGUAAACCUCCACCGUUCAACUAGGAAGAUGGAAGGAGAAUACCAAGAAGGGUGUCACAACGGUAUGGGGUGUGAGGGAGACCAGGGAUACCAGAUUGACCGUGAGCCGCAGCACAAGGACGUCCCCAUCACUGAGUGUCUUGACGAGUUCCUGGACAAGAUGCACCUGACUCACCUGGUGGACUACCUCCGGGUGCUGGGCUGCACCUGUGUGAGGGACCUCCGCCUCCUGGAGAAACCUGAGCUUGACGCCAUCCAGCUUAUCUCCCGUCGACGCCUCCAACAGGAACUCGACUCCCUCAACCUGCAUCAUGAAGCACCUCCGUCGGACUGCUCCCUGGAGGGUUGGCUCACUUGGUACGGCCUGACACACAUCGCCGGGUUUCUCAAGGCCAUCGGUGUGCACAGCGUGGCGGACAUGACCUACCUGCGGGAGGAUGACCUACAGCUGCUUAAGCCCGUCACCCGUAGGAGGAUUAUCGCCUGCCACAGGAAGUCAACCUAAAGAGUCACAAUGGACUUCCUAUAAGGCCAGCGUGUUUGGCUCGACCCGUCUAGAAGCCGCUUCGACUACGUAGCACCCCUCUCUCUCUCUCUCAGGCAUCGUCUCUCGCUACCCUCGAUGUCCUUAUAAAUACAAGAGAAACAAAACAAAUGCCAGAGAGCUACGAGCAGUGAGUCUCUAGACGUGGAGGAUUAGUGUUCAUCGGUGGCGACAACAUCAUCCUCACCUGUCACCUGUAACAGCGAACAAGAGGCGCUCUGUGGUCUACCCGAAAUCAUAGCUCAGUAACCCGCAGAGUUUCCUUCUUCAUCUUGCUUCUCUGAGAUUUUCCUGUGUAAAAUUCAUAGUAGGAAUUUAUAUAUAUAUAUAUAUACUGUAGUGUAUAUGCUACCUUUCUUAUGCCGAAAUUGACUCGAAAGUGAAUCUCUAUUGAUAUGUUUAUCAACUAUGUACAUUGACAGACUUUGUGAAAGAUCUUGUUGUUCUGCUGAUAAAUAAAAACAUCUCUUA